CCAGUCCAAGUCAACUACCAAAAUCUGUAUUUAUAGCUGCCUACACUUUCACACGCCCUCUUUUCUUUCCCUUCAACUUUCUUCAUUACUACUCAGCAGCACUUCAAAUCUCAUCAAAGCUUUUCUACUAUUAUAUUACUCCCUUUUCCUUCAUCAUUUCUUUAGUUUUUCAUAUUGAAGAAGAUUACUUGCUUAGAGCCAACUGAGAAAUAUGCCACCAUCAAAUAGCAGUACAAAAGCAGCUGAUGAUCAAGAAACGGAACCCUUUGUGGAGGUUGAUCCAUCGGGCCGAUAUGGGCGUUACGCUGAGCUUCUGGGCAGUGGAGCCGUGAAGAAAGUCUAUCGUGCAUUUGAUCAACGAGAAGGCAUAGAUGUGGCCUGGAACCAAGUCCGCCUCAGGAACUUCAUCAGCGAUCCGUCUGUGAUCAUUAGGCUUCAUUCUGAGAUUGAGCUGCUCAAGACUCUCAAGAACGACAACAUCAUCGUUCUUUACCACUGCUGGAAGGAUGUCGAGCAGAACACAUUCAAUUUCAUCACGGAGGCAUGUGCCUCCGGCAACCUCAGAGACUACCGGAAGAAGCACCGACACGUCUCCAUUCAGGCCCUCAAGAAGUGGGCUGUUCAGAUCCUCAGGGGCUUGGACUAUCUGCACACUCAUGAGCCGUGCAUCAUUCACAGGGACUUGAAUUGCAGCAACAUUUUCAUUAAUGGGAACAUUGGCAAGGUGAAAAUUGGAGAUCUGGGCUUGGCGACAGUUGUCGGGAAGAGCCAUGCGGCGCAUUCUUUGCUAGGCACACCGGAGUACAUGGCGCCCGAGCUGUAUGAGGAAAACUACACGGAGCUAGUGGACAUAUACUCGUUCGGUAUGUGUUUGCUGGAGAUGGCAACGUGUGAGAUACCGUACAGCGAAUGUGACAACCUCGUGAAGAUAUACAAGAAAGUGACGACGGGAGUGAUGCCUCAAGCCAUGAACAAAGUGAACAACCUGGAGCUGAAGGCGUUCAUCGAAAGGUGCAUCGGCCAGCCAAGAAUGAGACCCUCGGCUGCCGAUCUCCUCAAGGAUCCAUUUCUUGCUGAUGUUGUGAUCGAUACAGAUGAAAGCGACCACGUUUGACUAAAUUUUACAGAACUGAUUUGCUGGAAGGAUGAAUGAUUUCGUUCUGUGUUAUGUAUAUAUAUAGAGAAAAAUCAAUGUGAUUGAUUGGAUCUUUUUGAAUAAACCAUUGGAAUAUAG